GCCGAGGCGCAACGGGCCAUCACCGCGCCGGCCUCGAAGACGAUGGAGGAGGAGGCCGAGGCGGACGACGUGACCUCCCGCUUGCGCUUCAUCGCGCCGCUGGUGCCACUGGGCGUGUUCCCUUACAUCAAGGCGAAGGAGGAGCUGAAGAAGACGACCGACGCCUUGGUGAGCAGCUCGCCGCCUGGCAGCCAGUUCUAUUCG